AUGGACCGCUCCAACCUCGUCGGUCGUGCUUCCGAGAUCGCCGAUGUCGCUCGCACCCUGGCGGACGAAUUGGCUCGUCGCGAGUUGCCCGAACCCUCGUUUGAACACGGCCUGCCCGCCCCCCUCCAGAGCGAUGCGCCCGACUCAGACGCGCAGGCAGCACGCGUAAAGCUCUUGGGCCUGUUGGAUGAGUUCAAUGACCUCUUGACUGAGCCGGCUUUGCUGGGAAGCCCAGAACUGCGCAAUCCGUCCAUGAGCAUGCAGGCGUUGAUCCGCCUGGGCAUCGUCGAACAUUUUCCCUCGGAGGGAAGUACGGUUGAAGACCUGGCAAAAAAGCUUGAUCUGAACGAGAACCUCGUUCGAAGGCUCCUCUCCCACGCUGCUACCUACCAUGUUUUCUUCCAAGAAAAACGCGACUUUUUCGUACAUACGGCUGCUUCGCGCGUGAUCACCGAGAACGCUGGAAUGCGUUCUUGGAUGCUGAUCGGUCUCGGCGAGGUCAUGCCUGGUACAUUCAAAAUCGCGGACGCGCUCUUUCAACAUCCCAACUCGGAGGAACCGCAGCACAGUGGUUGGAGCGUCCAAAACAACACGGACCUCCCCAUUUUCAGAGCCCUCGCCGAUGCGCCUAGCCGCGCUAGCGAGUUCGCCAACGCCAUGAUAUACCACGCCCACCUCCCAGGCUACUCUCCCCAAUACCUCACCGAAUUCUUCCCGUGGGGAACCGGAGAGCUUACAGUUGUCGACGUCGGCGGCGGGGUUGGCCACAUCUCGUCAGCUCUGGUCGCUCAUAACCCCGCCGUGCAGUGCAUCGUGCAGGAUCGCGCCGAGGUCGUCGCACAGGGCGAGGAGACGUUACCGGUUGAGCUCAAGGAUCGCAUUCGUUUCCAGGCGCACGAUUUCUUUCAGGAGCAGCCGGUGCACGGAGCGGACGUGUACCUACUGCGCUUGAUUCUGCAUGAUUGGUCGAAUAAAUACGCCCGCAUGAUCCUGCAGGCACUGAUCCCCGCGUUGAAGCCUGGCGCGAAGGUCGUGCUAAAUGAUCGUGUCGUUCCGAGCUAUGGGGAGGCCGAACUCCUGGCAGAGCGAGAAGCUCGGGAUUAUGACAUGUACAUGCUCGGUCUCCAGAAUGGGCAGGAGCGCACGCGAGAUGACUGGAACAAGCUGCUGCGCGACACGGACACGCGAUUUAAACUUACGAAUGUCUCCAAACCACCCAAGUCGUAUCUCGCUGUUGUUGAGGUGACGUGGGAGGGAUAG